AUGAAGUACCCGCGAAUCGCGCUGUUCGCGCUCGCGUUCGUCGCGUCCUCGCUCGUCGCGGGUACCGUGUACGGAUGGCCGCCGCUGCGCGCGCUUUUACUGCGCGAGCGCGGCGAGCUGAGCGAGAAACGCCUCGCGCGACACUUCACCGCGGGGUCGUGGAGCGUUCAGGGCGGUCGGUUCGUCGCGGGCGUGUCGCGGGACCGCGUGGGGACGCGGUUCACGUGCUGCGCGUGCCUGGCGUUCGUCGUCGGCGGCGCGCUGGCGCUCGGCGCGAGCGAGGCGACGAACGACGCGGCGCUGACGCUGGGGAUGUUUGGAUUGGGGUUAGGGAGCGGAGUGCAGUUGUGCGUGCAGCCGGUGGCGGCGUUGUUUCCGGAAAGCGCGAGCACGGUGAUGUCGUCGCUGAGCGGAGCGUUUCAGGUGAGCGGCGUGGUAUUUUUGGCGUUGACGGCGGGCGACGAUCGAGAAGUUGGGUUUUACGCGUUCGCGGCGUGCGCGGCGGUGUUGUUCGCGGCGUGUUUAGUGAUGUUGCCCAAGGGACAGGACUUUCACGAGACGGCGAACGUGGAUUUCGACGGCGGCGGCGGCGACGGCGGCGACGGCGGCGACGGCGCGGAGUCGCGGCGAGAUUUACACGCGCGGUCGGAAGGUUUAGCGAAUGGGUUCAGUCGAAGCGAGCAAAUGCGAUCGGUAGAGUACAUCGGACUCGUCGGGUGGUUCACCGUCGUCGUGUGUCCGCUACAGUUUUACAUAUCCGCCAUAGGGUACCAACUCGAACUCAAGGGCGACGCCGCGGGCGAAUACUCGAGCAUCUUCUCCGCCGCGUACGGUUCGGUGGCGAUAUUCGCCGCCUACGGCGGUCGCGUGGCGGAUGUGAUCGGUUGUGGGGCGUGUCAGGCGUUCGCGACGAUCUCCACUGCGAUCUCGUUCGCGCUGCUGACGCUGCCGAAGAGCGCGGGUAUGGGAGUGCACGUUCUCGGCAUGACGCUCUAUUCGUUGGGCCGACUGUUUGUGUUCGCGAUGUACUUUAGCAACAUCGGUCGACGCUUCGGAUUCGAGCACUACGGUACGCUCUGCGGUCUUGGACUUUUGAUAUCCGCGGUGUGGAGCUUGUUGCAGUACCCUAUGCUCGCCUGGGCGGUGGACUCGAACGACGCGACGGGGGCAAAUUUGUUGGCGUGCGCGAUGCUUUGCGCCACCAUACCGUACACCGUGUGGCUGGGGAAGCGCGAAAAAUUAGAACGAGAAGAAAAGAUACGGCAGUCGAGCGAGCGCUCGACGACGUAG